AUGCUCGGUGUGGUUGUCGCAGGGCUUCCGGGCUCAGUCCCCCCCCCCCCCCCAUAUAUUCGCUCCUCCAGCUCCCCUCAGCGCGGCGCCCCGAGCAGCCGGGAGUCGAGAGGGAGGCGCCGACCCCGAGUGGCUUUCGCCUCCCGCCAUUUCCCGGAUAUCGGCGCUGGCACUGUCCCGGCAGGCGGCGGUGCUCCGCGUUGUGGUUCCGGGUUCCCGGAGCGCCUGGGGCCACGACGGCCGCCGGUUGCUGGUCGCCUUCGUCGCCGACGCCGCCGGUUAACACAGUUAGGCUUCUGGAACUUAUUGCAUGGUAGAGCGAUACAGACAGCCAUACUACCCCAGAUAUGGAUAACAGACAUGAAGAGAAAGGUGGAGCGCUGUGUGCAACAUCACAAGAGAAAAAAGGAAGAGAGAGAGAGAAGAGGAAGCGAAAACGCAGCAGAAGCAGGUCCACCUCAAUUUCUUCCACUACGUCGUCUAGUUCUUCAACAUCCUCAUCUUCAAGUUCUUCUUCGAGGUCCUCUGCUUCACACAGCAGAAGCAGCUCAAGUAGUAGAGAUUCUCCCAAAUCAAAAUCAAAGAAAGGAAAAAGGCAAAAAACAGAACAAAAAGACUGAAUAUGAUUUGCACUCAAACGAGCUGACAUGUGACAACCUCUCAUGGAGGUGUCAUGUGAAGGUUUGCUGGUCUUUCAGCUGCUUUGGUGAUGGACCUAUGAACUCCAUAUCCAGGGAAAUGCAUGUCUCAAUUGUGGGUUGA